AUGGCAUCCAUUCCGAUGUCAGGCACAACAAACCACCUGGAAAACAAGUCUUUUUUCGCCAAUGCAACCAGGGUGAAACGAUUGUCCCUAUCCAGUUUACCUGCGGGUGGCCUGCGACAGAUGGGACAGUAUAUCUUCCCCUCUCGUUCGCUCUUGCCAAACCCCAAGGAUCCCAACAUCGGAGCCACGUUACAGGCGGUGGAUGCCGAGUACUUCCGCAUGCUGCUAGGCCCAAAGUUAAGAUCGCUUUGGUUAGGGCAGGACGCCGGCGGCAGUGAGCUAUACCUUCCUUAUCUCCCGGGUGUGUGUCCUCGGCUUGAAAGCCUCACGACGUGGUCGUGGCCCACAGACUCGGAGGCGCAAGAUAUUAUUGCACGCCUACCGAGACUUCGAGAGUUCACUGUAAUUCAAAUGAAGCUACCACCGCUUGCCAAGACCCAUCUUUCCGCGUCCACCUUGCGUUCCUUAUGCCUGUCAGGGGUCUCCCCUCAGUAUUGGGACCUCGAUUCAACGAGUUUUCCUUCCCUGACCCACUUUACUCUCGAAGAAUGCCCCGACCUCAAGUCUAUCGUUUGCUUCUUACGCGCGCUUCCCGCGACCACCCUGCAGGAUCUUACGCUCGACUUCCCCAACAGUGCACCGAACAUUCGGCUGGUGAACGAAGCCAUCGAGGUUAUCUCUCGGUUUCAGAGGUUGCACGAACUGUGGCUCUCCGGAUGGGACAGUGACAAUUUUCCAGACGGACAGGAGAUCCCUCGAUACAACAUCGAACCUCUACUGUGUCUCCGCGAGCUCCGCGCGGUCUUUAUAAGGCUCGGAGGCAUAGGGCGCGAAGUCAUCGACGGAAUUGUGAAAAAGAUCGGCACCGCCUGGCCACAGCUCAACAGCUUCGGGUUUGUGCAGAGCUGGUACAGGACAAUGGAGCCUGCCGGCCUGACGCUCGAGGCAUUGGGGUUGUUUGCAGCACAUUGCCCCCGACUCACCAGCCUCAUAAUUGAGCUAGACGCGACCAUGAAGCCCGACACACCGAAACCCGCCGAAGUUUCGCAGGCCGCUAUUAUGCUUGAGCUCAAGGGCAGCUUGAUCGCGGAGUCGAGCUGGCCAUGGGUCGCAAAAUACAUCUCGGCAGUUCACCCGAACGCCCAGCUGAGUAUCGACGAAGACGAAAAGAUGGAUCAAGGAAUGAUAGGAUAUUGGAAGAAUGUCAUCAGCGUCCUCCCCGCCAUGUCAGGGACCAAGUAAGAA